GUAAUAAAAUAAAAUCCUUGAAUUGCAGAAUCCGAAUCAAACACGAAGAUGAAUGCAGAUGCAACUUUCGCACCGUUCACUUUCUAAAAUCCAUUAAUAUUUUCUCUCAUUUUCUCACACUUUCUCUCUGAACUUUCUUCAAUGGCAGUUGCAGCUUUCAAAUCCUCUUCGCGAAGAGGAACCCAAUCCUCUGCUCCUUCCAACGCCUCUUCUUCCUCUGGCAGAUCCUCCACUAGAGCUCCCAACCCCACUCGCAGGUCGAGGAGCGUGAGCGCGUUCGCUAGGGGUAGUUCGGCCAUUUCCACUGAGUUCCUCAACAAGAGGGAUAAUCCUCUUUUCGACGAAACGCAGUCCGCGAAAACUGUUCUAGAAACUUCCACGGCGCGUGGAGCGGCGCGAAGUGCCGAACCCGCGCGCAGGGAAUCAGGUCGGGCUCUUUCCAGAGCAGAAUCAGGUCGACGGACGCGGUCAGCUUCGCAGUGCCCGGUUUCAAGGCGGUAUCUGAGCUAUUCUACUUCUGAGAGCGAGGUUGAAUGUAAAGAAGGGAAUGAUUUGAAGUUAGUGGGGAGUAAUAGAAAAGGUGAUUUGGUGAGAAGAAGUGAGAAUGGUGUGACUGAUCAAGUGAAGGAUUUGCACACAUGGUCUAGUCGGCAUUCAUCUGUUGAGGUCUCAGAUUGUUUUGCUGUCACUCUGUCUGGUUUGCAAACUCAAACCUGUGAUGACGAAGCAUCAACAGCAAGUUCUGGAUUUGGUUCUGAUGAGAAAACUAUAAAGGCAGUUUUUGAACAGAUGAAGUCAGUACAAGGAGAUCUGCCGGAAGCCAGUGAUAUAUAUGAAACAGUUCGUUCUGAAGUGAGGCGUGCUAUUUCUGAGAUUCAGAUUGAACUUGAAAGUGCUAUCCAAAAGAGAAAUGUUACUGCCAUCUCUGUUAGUAAUGUGGCUGAUAUUCCUCCUGACUUGGUAAACCCUGGUGCAAUAGAAUUGGUUUUGGAGAUUAGAAAAGAGUAUGCCAAAAAGCAUGAAGAGUCCCAGCAGCGAGCUAGAAAUCUUCGAGCAGAACUGGCCAUUGAAGAGCACCGUGAGCGGGAACUGGAUAGAAUCUUGAGAGAAGUUCUUCCAUCUCCCAAGACCCCUAUUGUACAAAAAUCUCGUACAGCAAGAAAAUCGUCUAGCUUUGAAAGAAGGAGGAUGUCAAAACGUCUUGCAGAAGAUGCCAAAGCUUAUUUUGAUGAGUGUGUCUCGCUAUCAACUUUUGAUAGUUCUGACUUUUCAUCCCAAGAGGAUCCCUCACUCAAUUUGGUUGGUCCACCUACUCCAUCUGGCAGCCAUGUAUGUUUAACCGAGGCAAGUCCUAAUGCUUCAGUUUCUACUUUCAUUACAUUCCUCAAUGAUUAAAAGGUCUCUCAAGAUUACUUUCUCGCAUAAUUUUUUUCUAAAUCCCUAAUAAAGUUCUUAAAUAAUAUAUUUUUAAUCUUAUUCCAUUAUAAUACUUGAAACCUUCGGUUAUCUUGGUGUCUUAAAGGCAUUAGUAUGGAAAUAUUAAGUAAUUAAAGGUGGGAUACUAUCAUGCUUAUUGAUACUUGAAAAUGGGGUCUAAAGUGUAUGCAUUCUCAUUAGAGGCAAGUAAUGUACACUGAUCAACUAUGUUGCUUGUUUGAUGAUCUAUAUUUUUAACUGUUUGCUUUUUGAUAUUGAUAUUAGACCUAUAAUAACUUCAAGGCUACUUAAUUGUGUUCCGGUAAAAUUUCUCUCAACCUGGUAGGAAGUGAAGAGCUGGGAAUGAAAAACCUGACUUCUAUGAUGGUUCAGAAUAAUUUGGCUAAAGUAUAUUGCAAGUUUUAGUUAUCACUCAAGAGUGAGAAACUGGAAGGGAGACAGAAGAAAUUGAUUAAUAACAGUGGAAGAUGCCUUUUGACUUUUAUACAUCUCUUGUCAAAUGGCUUGUUAGGGUAGAUCUUCUACAAAAUUAAAACUUAAUAAUUGACGCCUAUUGCAGGAAUGCGUUAGAAAGUUAAAGUAUCGCCUAUUGAAGGAAACUUGUAUAAACUCGUAUAUUCCCUACAGAGGAUAGUAGUGUAACAAGGGUAGCCAUAUUGCUAGAGGUAAGGGGAACCAGAAAAGGAAGAAAAAAACUACAGUUCAAACCACUAAGAAAAUUUGAGGUCAAUGGUUUCACUAUACAUUAUACAUUUUGACAUUGUUUGUUCAAUAGGGAAAAUGGUUGAUUGUUGUUUUAUAAGAUUUUUCUUAUGCAAGGGACAAGAAGGAAAAUUGGGAAUAACAAAUGACAAUGUUAAGAUGUGUUUCUGUUAGGUUACUUUAUGGGAGUACCCUAAAUCUAUAUUCUACUCUUGCUUCAACAAUCGAAUAACAGAAAAAAAUAAAGUAUGUAUGCAUUAUUGAUUCAGUAAAGUAUCGAAAAUACAAGUAUACUCUCCCUCAAGGAAGCCUACCUUCCUCCACUGGCAAAUAUGCCCAGU